CACCUCUAAAAAUUUAAAUCAGAUCCAUAAAAUAUUACUAAGAUAUAUGGCAUUCUGAAUGAAUACGAGUGUGAACGAAUCCAUUAAAAAUAACCGGAUUUCUGAAACACCAGAAAUAGAUAGAAAUAGCAUCAAUUUUAAAAAUAGUGAACCCUUUUACUAGUAAUAUUUUCGGAAUUUUCAUGAAUUUAGAAGGUAUACUUCUCAACUCACAUUAUUUUCUUACCAUUAUUCUCACAAUUACCCUGGAGGAAUUUCACUCAGUGCAUAUCAUUUUCAUGUGACUUAUUAUCAUUAAUAUUGUGAUUACCAUUGUUGAUACCACUUUAACUAACUCAACGCUAUUCUGCAUUAUGUUCACAGGGUUCGUUGCAUUAUAUUAACUAUAAACCAACACCUUUUAGCCUAUCUUCUUAUCCUUUUUUAAAUGACCUAUCAGACUUACAAAUGACAUUUUAGACAUGCUUAAGUCGUGAUCGAUGUAAAAGUUCACAGUUUUAGCGUAGAACAUUAUUUCAUUCAGUCACAACUAAUACGUAUGUGUCUUAUUUCAACCACCGUAAUAUAGCAUUUAUGGAUCUAUAACUGUACAGUUUGACGAAAUUAUUGAAAACAACUAUUACCUCAAACAUUCCUUGUUUUCAAUACUCUGUGGGGACUUUUGAACCCAUACAAAUUGUUAAAAAGCAUGCUUCAGAAACAUUCCAAUCCACCUCUUGGUUUAGAACGGAUUCAUCGAUAUUUUUGUUACGUUUGUGGAACUCUUCUUCCACACAAGUUGGAAGUUCAUGAUUUAUUAGUAUGCCGAAAAUGUAAAACAUCUACGUGUAUGCAUUGGUUCAGUAAUAUGGAUGCAACUUUCAAUACUGAAGCUAAAUUUGGCAAAAUAAACCAAUUUAAUGAUGAUGAGUGUGAAUCUACAUCUUUAUUCUUUCCAUCAAUGAUUAGAGGGGCUAAAAAGAUUUUAAGAUCAGAAAUUGCUUUAAAGGAGGCUUUGGAGUCACAAUUUGAAAAUGGUACAUCACAAUCAACAUUUGAUGGACCAACUAUUAGAAAAGAAUGUGCUUAUUGCGGCAAUGAUAGAAUGACUUAUGUUACACUUCAAACUCGUUCAGCAGAUGAAGGACAAACUGUAAUAUAUACUUGUACUCAAUGUUCUAAAAAAGAAAUUGAAAAUACUUGAUUAAGUGUUUUGAUUUCACUCAUUAGUAUUCAUAUUAGUUGAGUUUUGUCAACUAAAUCUUAAGGUUAGUACUUUUAUCAUG